AUGAAGAUUCGGCCAAUACUUAAAUACGCUUCGCAAGUAUGGGGGAUCCCUAAAUAUCUCGAAACAGAACGCGUUCAACGAAGAAGUCUGAGAAUCCUAGGACUGAAGAAUGAUAGUAUAAUCGCCACAUUAAAAGAAAGAAGGAAAAACAUCAGAGGGAAAACAUGCAACGAGCUGACAAGAAUCGUGGAAGUCCCAAACAACCCAUGUAACCGUUAUCUACAGCCAGUAAAAAGAAUCAAACUUACGAACUGA